AUGCCUCACGCCGACUCCUCCUAUUUCAUGCCAGGUAGCUCCAAGGCCGACAUAUACGAACAGCUCCUACUGUCGACACAAGGUCUCCUAGAUGGCCAACGGAAUUGGGUUAGCAACCUCUCCAACGUCUCUUCCCUCCUUUGGCACGCCUACGCCUCCCUGCCCGCCCCUUCCUCAUCCGUCAACUGGGCUGGAUUCUAUAUCCGUGAUGACAAAUUCCCGGCGCUCGCUUCCCCGGUCUCCUCGCCGCCAUUGCCUGGUGCACCCGGCUCCGGUGGUGUAAUUAUCUCAACUACAUACUCUACCUCGGAGAACCAGCUUCUUCUUCUCGGGCCAUUCCACGGAAAGCCUGCGUGUCAGGAAAUUCGUUUCGGCAAGGGCGUUUGCGGUACUGCUGCCGCGAAGCAGGAGACUGUUAUUGUUCCUGAUGUUCUGACUUUCCCUGGACACAUUGCAUGCGACGCAGAGAGCCGCAGUGAGAUUGUUGUGCCUAUCUUGGUUAAUGGAGAGACUGUCGCUAUUAUUGACAUCGACUGCACCGAGCCCUCUGGAUUUGACGAUGAGGACAAGAAGUACCUCGAGAAAUUGGCCGCAUUCCUGGCUGAGAACUGUGAUUGGUAA